GCGGCGAGCCGCAUGGCUUCAUGUCGCUGGCGUCGCACGUGCUGCGCCUGAUCAACAGCGACCUGCUCGACUCGGAGUGCGCCGACGUGCGGCGCUACGUGCGUCAGGGCGUCACCGACUACCAGGUCACGCUGCUGGCCGCCAUGGUGCGCGACGUCGGCUCAGGCAGCCUGGGCGCCGGCGUCAGCGCCGGCAGCAUGAUGAGCCUGUGCCACGAGUUCAGCGCGUCGCUGACGCGGCUGACGCACAACCUGCUGGCCACGCGGCUGCUGAGCACGCCGCUGCAGGAGACGCUGCUAGCGCAGCUCGGCCUCAGCCCCUGGCAGGAGGAUGCCGACUGGCCGCUCAGCGUCAAGCCGCGCUCGCUGGCCGUUCUGGCGCAGGUGCUGCUGCUGAACCAGGAGGGGCCGGGGCCGGACCAGCUGGACGGCCGCCAGGCGACCGUGCUCAUCUGGUCCAGCCUGCUGCGCACACUGACCCGGCGCAUCCUCGGCGACGCCGAGGCAGACGGCGAUGACCUGAACGUGGAGCACGCCCAGCUGCUGCUCUUCCUCUUCCACUCGCUGGAGCUGAUGCAGAAGAAGAACGUACUCAUCCAGUGCGCCGACGUCAUCAUCAAGGUGGCUCCCGCGCUGGAUGCACCCAUGUCGGCGGCCCAGGUGCUCCACCUGGCUCGGCUGCUAGUCGUGUUCGAGUAUAUGGUGCGCAACCUGUACGACGCGCCCUCCUUCCUCAUCGACCAGGUGCGGAGCAACCUGCUGGGCCGCGUGCCGGGCGCCGAGAAGCUCUACAUCCCGUGUAAGGAGGUGGAGGGCGUGGCCGAGAGCCGCGCCGGCGCCGGCGGUGGCGGCGAGCCGCCCUGCUUCUACAGCCUGACGCACUCGGACAGCGGCGGCGGCGACCCGCUCCGGCUGGACGGACUGGCGAGCAGCUUCCUGCUGAGCACGCCGGACGCGCUCGACUACCGCGCCUUCUACGUGGCGCUGGUGGGCCUGCUGCGCGUGGGCGGCCAGGCGGACCUCGAGGCGCGCGUCGCGCCACUGACACCGGCCGGCCGCGUCAACGUCCACUACUGCUUCACCAUCGCCUGCCGGUGA